AUGGUAGAAACGAAAGUGACCCAACGUAAAGGUGUGAUUGAUAAGAAAGGACUUAUGACAGAAGAUGCAACUUUGAUGAACAACUCGGCAGGAUCCGGAACAUCAAAGCAAAAGAGAAGACUUUAUACGUGGGAAGAGAUUCCAGAAUGGCAACGCGAUAACGAACACAUCAGAAGCGGGUACAUUAUCGAGACCAAGAGUCUCAAAGAGUGUUUUUGCAGUCUUUUCUAUCUGCACAACGAAUCUGUGAAUAUUUACACACAUCUUUUACCUGGAAUAUGUUUCUUGAGUGUGGUGUUGUUCGACAAUUAUGCCAUCAAGAAAUUUGUUACAACGACAUGGAUCGACUAUGCCAUGAUAGACUUGUUCUUUUUGGGCGGAUUUACCUGUUUGAUGAUGAGCAGUCUUUUUCACUGUCUCAAAUGCCAUUCGAUAGAAGUUGCCGUCUUCGGAAACAAGCUCGACUAUCUGGGGAUUGUAGCUCUGGUAGUCUCGUCAAUGGUAAGCAUCCUAUAUUACGGGUUCCACGACAAUAAGCCCUAUUUCUUCAUAUUCUCUGGCUUUACGGCGUUGUUUGGAGCUGGCUGCACGAUAGCAUCUUUGAAAGAACGCUUUCGGUCGAGGGAAUGGCGAGCUUACAGAGCAGCCUUGUUUGUAGCCUUUGGGCUUUCCGCUUUGCUUCCUGUGAUUGCGGGACUUGUGCGCUACGGGCUUGUGGAAACUUGGGCAAGAAUACAGCUAAAAUGGAUCAUUUUGGAAGGUGUUUUCUACAUUUUGGGAGCUGUGCUCUACGGGACCCGAAUUCCUGAACGGCUGGUGCCGGGAACUUUUGACAUUUGGGGGAAUUCUCAUCAGAUAUUCCACGUCCUGGUCGUUGUGGCAGCUUUAUGCCAUUUAAGAGCGCUUCUUGGUGCUUACGAGUUGGUCCAUAUGAACUUGUUGAAAGACGCCGGUUUUUGA